AUCAACAAUAUUUGUAAUUUAUUUUGUUUAAGAAAACAGUAACUUCUUUGAUACAGAAAUUGAAAAUAUUGUGUCGAAGGAAACAAAGUCUUAGUGGUUACAACAUACAGUUGUGUGGAGUUUGCAGACUGUCACGGAAAAGAGACAUGGAGAGAACAUGGGCCUUGAUCGCAGUGGCUGUUACAUUCACCAUCACCGCCCCGGAAUAUACCGGAGGAGUCAGAUCGAUGAACGAUGGGUUAGCUUUCUAUUAUAGAGGUCAAACCGGAAAUGUUACCACAGCAGACGUGACUAAAGUUACGGAAGGCAAAUGUCAAUCAUUUCUGCUAACAACAGGCAUGCACAUUAAGUACACUAGAAGGUAUGCUCGAUUCUACUGUGACAUCCCCUUCAUCCUGUAUGGUUCUAAACGAGCCAUUUGCGUGGGCGGCGCUUGGACCGGAAGUCAACCGUUAUGUAUAGCCAAUCGAUGUCCAAAUAUAUCCAAAAGCGAACCCUACCCUUCCAUAAAUCGUCGAUACCAGGGGGCGCUACUCGUGUUCUCUUGUCCCCCGGGCAUGUCACUAAUGGGACAGAGUCAACUCACCUGUGACGGCGAGAAAUGGAGUGGACAGGUACCCACGUGUAUUAUCGGGGAAGCUGACCGGUCGUGUGGAUUUGAAAACCGUGAUUUGUGUGGCUGGACAAACGAUGUCAAUAGUUCUCUGUCCUGGAUUCGGACCAACGGUACAACACCUACGAACCUGACCGGGCCCAGCACUGGUCAUUCGCCAGACGGGACAUCGGGUUACUAUGUAUAUAUGGAAAGUUCGGGACCCUUUGGACGUAAUGAAGUUGCCAGACUCCUUUCCCCCUGGUACCGAGACGUUCCGGAAGGAACGUGUUUCCGGUUUUUCUAUCAUAUGCUCGGGGAUGAUUCUCAUGAAGAUUUCAGUUCCUUGUUUGUGUAUGUAAGAGAUCAGCGGUCGGUUGAGAAUCUUAUGUUCAAUACAACGGGUAGUCAUGGCGAUCAAUGGGUACGAGGACUUGUCGUGUUACGAGAGGAUUAUGAAUUAAUGCAGAUUGUAAUACAGGCUACCAGGACAACUAACUGGGCACAUGACGUAGCUAUUGAUGACGUGUCGCUCUACAACUGUUCAAAGGGAGAUAUUGAGUUUCCAACGGAAGUGACGUCAGUAACAGAUCACGUGACAAUCAGUACAACAGCAGACGUGGGAAGACAGGAAACAGCAAAAUCUCCCAUUCGUCAGGUGACCAAACAACCCAUUUACAACGCCACUUUUGGUAAAACUUUAACCGAGAGCUCAAUGAAUGCCGUUACUGACCAUCCUUCCACAGAGAAAAACACCACUCCGUUACACCAGCAAACUAAAUCUGAAAUACGAAACAGUUCGAAUCCGGAAAAUUUUACCAAUCAUUACGCUAAAAACGUUUCGAUAUCUGACGAAGUUUUAACUGGAAGAAAGGAAGUGGUGCAGUCGUCCUGGACCCCCCGGGCUCCUAUGUCAAAAAACGAAUUGUACACCUUGUAUACAGGAAUGGUUGUCACAGUUGUCAUUAUACUCUUGUUGUUACUUACUAUACUGGUGGGGGUGCAAGUUCAGUGGAGGAGGAAAAGAGCACCACGUGACCAAACAAAGGCGGAAGUUAUAGAAAUGCAAAUGAUGGACGGAUACAAAAUAAAUGAUGAAUCAAACGACACUUUAAGUCAUAACAGAAACAGUUCCUCCGAAAACCUUAUCAAUCAUAAUCUAACGCCAAAUGUUAUAUUCUGCACACAUUUGUGAUCUCGAUUUCAAUUCAUCUCAGCGAUUAUUUGCAAUGAAUUCUUAAGGCGUUUUUAGUAAAGUAUUGGUUUGCCGAUGUAGAUGAAUACAAAACCGUUGUAUAUUCAAGAAAGAUCAUUUCAUAAGAUAAA